AUGUAUCUUCGUGGCGAUCACGCAGAGACUGACCUACGCGUCUUGCGACAACUCGUCCGCGAGAAUCCCCUAGGCCUCUUCACCACCGCCAUCUCCUCGCCAUCCUACCCCUUGAUCCAGUCCAGCCACAUCCCCUUCAUCCUAGACGUCGAGGAUGAAUCCAGCGAGACGGAGCUCGGCCAGCUGAGGGCUCACAUGGCCCGCGCCAACCCCCAGAGCAAGGCCAUCAUCGACGAGAUCAAGGAGCGCCAGGCCGCGGGAGACAACUCGCGGACGCUGCAGCAAGACGUCCUGGUCAUGUUCACGUCCGCAGUCCAGCACUACGUCACGCCCAAGUUCUACACGGCGACCAAGCCGGUGACGGGCAAAGUGGUGGGCACAUGGAACUAUGCCGCCGUCCAGGUCUACGGCAAGGCGACGUUUUACAUCGACCCCAACGCGGAGGAGACGACGGCUUUCCUCGACAAGCAGAUUGACGCCCUGUCGAGCUUCAACGAAAGAGUCACCAUGGGCUACACGGGAGAAGGGUCCAGGCCCAAGGCGUGGCAAGUGUCUGAUGCGCCGACGCCGUAUCUCAACAUCAUGAAGAAGGCCAUCAUCGGUGUGGAGAUUAAGAUUGAGAGGAUGGAGGGCAAGUUUAAGAUGAGCCAGGAGAUGGGCGACGGGGACACUGACGGCGUGGUGAAGGGAUUCAACGACUUGGGAACUGAAGCAGGGAGCAAGAUGGCGAGCACGGUGGAGGCACGGAGGGAGAUUAAGAAGCAGAAGAAGGCGAGCAAGGAGAGCGAGUGA